CCGGACAUGGCCCCGCGCGGCCGCCCCGAAGCCGCCGCCAUGCCCAAACGGGGCGCCCGCAAACGCCUCAAGUUCCGUGCCGACGACGUCUGCUCCGAACGCGUGACGGUGGCAGAUUAUGCGAACUCAGACCCGGCUGUCGUGAAAUCUGGACGGGUGAAGAAAGCUGUGGCCAACGCAGUGCAGCAGGAAGUAAAAUCCCUCUGUGGUUUGGAAGCUUCUUGUGUUCCUUCUGAGGAAGUUCUCUCCAUGUCAGGAGAGUCUUGUGACAGCAGUGAUGAAAUGGAUACAAAGGAAAGUAUCAGUGGGCGAACUGCAUCCAGAAAAAAGAAGAGCAAAAGACACAAAGAAAAUCCUGAUGGUGAUGGUGGAGAGGAAUACCCCAUUGAUAUCUGGCUGCUGUUGGCUUCCUACAUUCGCCCUGAGGACAUUGUCCGGUUCUCUUUGAUUUGCAAGAAAGCUUGGACUGUUACUUGCACUGCUGCCUUUUGGACCAGACUCUACAGAAGGCACUACAGUCUGGAUGCAUACCUGCCCCUCCGCUUGCGGCCCGAGUCCAUGGAGAAGCUGCACUGCCUCCGUGCGUGCGUCAUCCGGUCGCUGUACCACAUGUAUGAGCCUUUUGCAUCUCGAGUCUCCAGGAACCCAGCUAUUCCAGACAGUACUCCCAGCACUUUAAAGAAUUCCAGAUGUCUGCUUUUCUGGUGCAAAAAGAUUGAAGGGAACAGACAAGAAGCAAUGUGGGAAUUCAACUUCAAGUUCAAAAAGCAGUCUCCCAGAUUUAAGAGCAAAUGUUCCAAAGGUCUUCAGCCACCUAUUCAGUAUGAAGAAGUCCAUACAAACCCUGACCAGGAUUGCUGUCUUCUGCAGAUCACCACCUUUAACUUCAUAUUCGUGCCAAUAGUCAUGGGUAUGACGUUUACCUUGUUCACCAUCAACGUGAGCACAGACAUGAGGCAUCAUCGCGUGCGGCUGCUCUUCCAGGACGCCCCUGUUCACAAUGGCAAGAAGCCACGACUCGACCAAGGAGUGCAGGUGGUGCUGGACCCCGUGCACAGCGUCCGGCUGCUGGAUUGGUGGCACCCUCAGUACCCCUUCUCCCCAAAAGCUUAGUGCUCCCUGCACCGCAGCAGUGACCCGUCUGGCAGGCUGAAGGAAAUUCCCAGGAACCAGGAAAUCCUAUUAUUUUUCUUAAAUAAAUUCUGCAGCCUCCUUGAGAGAGUGGUUGAAGCUACUGAGCUGGUGUGUAUGUAUAUAACUUCUGGUCGGUGUUGAGCAGAGCUGAGUGUAAAGCAGAAACUAUUUGUAAAACACUUUUAUGUAAAAUUCACGUUUUAUGAUUUGAAAGGAGCUCCCUGGAACUGUUCAUUUAAAAUCCUUUUGGUGCUAA